AUGAAGCUAGGAUGGAUGCCAUUCGCGGAACUAUCCUUAAAGAUGGGAGAACGUGUUGGAGACUUGGAGAACACAGCAAGCUCCGGUGGGAAUCCUACCUAUCGAAAUUUUCAAGAAGAAGAUAGGAGUUUCAAAUUGGAACUUCCUGAAUUUGAUGGCUCAAGUGAUCCGGAAAACUUCUUAGAUUGGGUUCGAAGAAUGGAAAGUGUCUUUGAUUAUAAAGACUUUGAUGAUAGGAGGAGGUGUAAGAUGGCUGUCCUUAGAUUAACAAAGCUUGCUGGGCUUUGGUAUGACAAUCUAAAAGCCAAGAGACGAAGAGAAGAGAAAGAAAAGAUCGAGUCAUGGGAGAAACUCAAGAAGAAAAUGGAGAGGCGUUGGGUACCACGUGAGUAUGAGCAAGAUCAAUAUAUCAAGCUAACUCGACUAACUCAAGGCGAUCUCAGUGUUGAUGAGUAUGUUCGUGAAUUUGAGAGGCUCAAGAUUGCUCGUUUCACUAAAGGGCUGUCCAAACCCAUCUCUCACAAGGAAGGUGGAAGCACAAGUGAAACAGGGAGAAGCCUAAGGGCGAACACAAGUGGCGUCAAGACUCCAUAUAAACCAUACAUACCUUUUAGGAAGAGUGAGUCUUCUUCUAGCUCUUCUAAACAACUUUCUUCUACUAAUCCUUCAAAGUUUCAAAGUGGAAAAUCUAGUUUUAAGCAAGAAGGAUUCAAAAGGACUUGUUACAAGCGCCAAGAACGUGGGCAUAUUGCUAGUGAAUGCCCAAAAAGGAAUAUUCUCACAAUUCACCCGAGUGAGGAGGAUUCUUACAGCUAUGAAUCUGAAAGUAACAAUGAAGAUGUUGAGGAGUAUGAUGCGGAGGAGAAUGACAACCCUCUUUGUGGAGUUGUUAGGAGAGUCUUACAUUCCGAACCUCUCAAAGACAUGCAGCAACGAGAGAACCUUUUCCAUACAAGGUGCAAGGUUCUUGAUAAGACAUGUGAUGUGAUUGUUGAUGGAGGAUCAUGCACGGAUGUGGCAUCCACAGAACUUGUCAGUAAGCUUAAGCUUCCUCUUCGAAAUCAUGCUAAGCCUUACAAAUUGAAUUGGUUGAAUAAUGAAACUGGUUUGAAGGUCAAGAAACAAGCUUUAGUUUCAUUUACAAUUGGCAAUUAUCAUGAUGAACGUUGGUGUGAUGUAUUGCCUAUGAGUGCAUGUCAUAUUUUGCUUGGUAGACCAUGGCAAUUUGAUAGAAAUGCUGUACAUGAUGGUGUUUCUAAUAUAUAUACGGUUACUACCACGGGUGGAAAAAAGAUUAGAUUGUUGCCUUUGCCUCCUAAGAGUUCGAAAAAGAGUGCAAUGGAGGGAGGAGGGUUUGUACUUCUUGUUAAACCCAUUUCUAAUGUUGUCUCCUAUGCCACUAACUCUUUGUUUUUGAGUCAUUUGCUUGAAGAAUUUUCUGAUGUAUUUCCUAGUGAUUUACCGAAAGGACUGCCACCUUUUCGUGGGAUUGAGCAUGCAAUUGACUUAAUCCCGGGAGCCCCAUUGCCUAACAAAGCAGCCUAUCGGUGCAAUCCCGAGCAAGCUAAAGAGUUGCAAAGGCAAGUGGAAGAACUAAUGGAGAAAGGUUAUGUGCGUGAGAGCCUUAGUCCAUGUGCUGUUCCGGCUCUUUUAGUGCCUAAGAAAGAAGGAACAUGGAGAAUGUGUAUUGAUAGUCGUGCAAUCAAUAACAUAACUAUCAAAUAUAGAUUUCCUAUGCCUAGGCUCCAAGAUAUGUUUGAUGAAUUGAGUGGUGCCAGAAUUUUCAGCAAGAUUGAUUUGAGGAGUGGCUACCAUCAAAUGAGAAUUCGAGAAGGUGAUGAAUGGAAGACAGCUUUCAAAACGAAACAAGGGUUGUAUGAGUGGCUUGUCAUGCCAUUUGGACUUUGCAAUGCCCCUAGUUCGUUCAUGAGACUUAUGAAUGAGGUACUUCGACCUUUUCUCAAUAAGUUCAUUGUUGUAUACUUAGAUGAUAUUUUAGUAUAUAGCAAAUCUGAAAGUGAGCAUAUGUUGCAUUUGAGAGAUUUAUUUGAAAAUUGA